ACCCCUCCCCUCACGGACCGAUCGGUUUUGGAAUGAGUGUGUGAAGGUGGUGAAUGAAGGAUUAGAGAUUUCAUUUUGCUUUCAAAAACUAUUAAGUUUUUGUUUUAAAUAUAUAUAUCAAAGAAGGAGACUUGCCGGGAAGGGAAUUCCAGAAUGUUCGAAGAAGCGAGUGAAGUGUUUGACAACAUGUUCAAGGGGUCGUUCCCGUUGACUUUCAUAGUCUUCAUCCCGGCGGUGUUGAUCCUGGUCUCCCCGCUGCCCAUAGAGGCUGCCCAUGAGUUCACGGUGUAUAGAAUGCAACAGUAUGAUUUGCAGGGACAGGCCUAUGGUACAAGAAAUGCUAUGCUGAACACAGAAGCUCGAACAAUCGAAGCAGAUGUGCUGAGUCGCCGGUGUAUAAUAAUGAGGCUAGCAGAGUUUUCCUUUGAAAAAUUUCAGGAAGCCAUACGACAGAGUGCAGGGGCAAUUGUGAUAAUUCUGCCCCAAAACAUGUCGACAAUGCCUCAGGAUGUCAUUCAGCAAUUUAUGGAGAUCGAGCCAGAGCUGUUGGCAACUGAGACAAUUGUGCCAGUGUACUUUGCUUUGGAGGAUGAAGAGCUCCUGUCAAUACAUGAACAAACAAAUUCAGCUUCUGUCUCUCAAGGCACGGCCUCAGCUGCAGAAGUUCUCUUGCACACAGCCACAGCCAAUGGCUUCCAGAUGGUUACAAGUGGGACCCAAAGCAAACCCAUUAGUGAUUGGUCAAUAACCAGCCUUGAGGGCAGGUUGACUGGCCUGGGUGGAGAGGAUCUUCCUACCAUUGUAAUUGUAGCACACUAUGACUCCUUUGCAGUUGCUCCUUGGCUGGCUUAUGGUGCUGAUUCAAAUGGUAGUGGUGUCGCAGCUUUACUAGAAUUGGCUCGACUAUUUUCCAAGCUUUAUACCUACAAGAGGACGCAUGCUGGAUAUAACAUCUUGUUCUUUGUGUCCGGAGGAGGCAAAUUUAAUUACCAGGGCACAAAACGGUGGUUGGAAGAUAACCUGGAUCACACAGAUUCCAGCCUUCUUCAGGAUAACGUUGCAUUCGUUUUGUGCCUUGAUACAUUAGGCAAUGGUGAUAGUCUUUAUCUUCAUGUUUCAAAGCCACCUAAGGAAGCCACUCCACAGCACACCUUCCUAAAAGAGCUGGAGACUGUAACCUCCAGGUAUCCAGAAGUGAAAUUCUCCAUGAUCCAUAAAAAAAUCAACUUAGCAGAAGACAUGUUGGCCUGGGAACAUGAACGAUUUGGAAUUCGCCGAUUACCAGCAUUCACAGUAUCCCGCCUAGAAAGCCAUAAAAACAGCCUUCGAACCAGUGUUAUGGACAUGAGGUCCCAAAUUAGUAUUCAGAAAUUAAGUCGCAAUACCAAAGUAAUUGCUGAGGCACUGGCAAGGUUAAUUUACAACCUAACAGAGAAGGGUGCCCCAGAGGACCUUCAAAUCUUCACAGAGCAAAUGCAAUUACAAGAGGACCAGCUAUCUUCUGUACUUGACUGGCUAACAGCUCAGCCAAGAGCAGCACAGCUUGUUGAUAAGGACAGCAGCCUGAUCUCCACAAUGGAGUAUUACAUGAGUCGAUACUUGAAAGAUGUCAAACGCCAUCACGUGAAGGCAGAUAAAAGGGACCCUGAAUUUCUCUUCUAUGAUCAGCUGAAACAGACCAUGAAUGCAUACAGAGUGAAACCUGCCAUCUUCGAUCUAUUGUUGGCGUUAUGUAUAGCGGCAUAUCUAGGAGUUACCUAUUUUGUUGCUCAGAAUUUUGGUUUCAUUUACAACACAGUACGGAGAAUAACACUGAAGCCAAAGCAGCACUAAUGUCCAGAGUCCUCUGCGCUUGGUACUUUCACAUAAUAGAAGGAUUCUUCCAAUUGAGCCGCCUUAUCUCGUGGUAUGGCUGGAUCUGACCUACAGCACUGAGCCAAAUCUUUUUGAUUAUGCAGCAUCAGCAACUUCCUAAGGAUUGGAAGAUGUUCUAUAAGUAAUGGCACUAUUGCUAUUUCACUUCUACAACUACACAAAAAACUAUUCCAUUUUAACCUAAAUACAAUUCAUGUGAAGCACUACCUAAAACCUGGCCACCUGUCCUCCACUGAAGAAUCCGUAUAUUAAGAAUCUCAUAUAUUAAGAAUCCCCUAUAUAAUGUCAAUUCAGGUUUGAAUGCAUGAAUAUAUGUUUGUUGGUUGUAAUAUGUUUAACUCUGUUAGCUGUAAAGGUCCUGGUUUAAAUAAACGAGUGAUGGACACAGGAUAGCCCAUAGUUCAGUACCAAUUACUUACAAAGUAACCACGUAGACAAUCGUCCGAGUAGCUUCUCCAGCUGUGGUCACAGAUGUUUUGCAUCAUGGAGCCAUAUAUGUGAAAGUACAUAUAAUAGUCAAAUCCACAUACCAUUUAAUUUCACGAUACCUUUAUCUGCCGAUUGAACAGAUGUGGGUCUUUUAAUUUAGGAUGCGAAACAGCCUUAGUAAAAUGUUUACACCUUGAAUAUUGAAACAUAAUAAAUCAGUGAAGAAGAGCUCAGUAGCUUGGGUUGCUUAACUGGCUGGACAACUGGUUGCAACGCAGAGUGACAUCAACCAUAUUGGUUCAAUUCCCACACCUACUGAGGUUACCAUGAAGGAUUCUCCAUCUCAACCUCUCACCUCUUCUGACGUAUGGUGAUCCUUGAGUUAAACCAUGACCAGUUGAUUCUCUCUCCUGAUCUGAUGGGGCUAUUGUGAUUUUCGUGUUCACUGCCCUGCAUUUGGGCUUCCCUCCAGACGUACUGAUGUUUGGGGAGUGUGGGAAGGGGCAAGUAGGUUACUCUUCUGAAAUCGAAUUUGAGAUUGAGGCAAGAUCUUCGACACAAUUAAAGGAAGCUUUAUUCUGUGUCCAUUCAUGGUGUACUUAAUUAAAAUUUCCCAUUGGCUAGCCAAAAUGGAAGCUUCUCCAUUUCCUGACACAUCAGACCCUGACUUACAGAAUGGAAAAGUAACGGGCUUUUGUCCUUGCAACUUUAUAAAAUAGUCCCUUUUUUGUAAAAAAAACACUGCAGGUACUGAAAAUCUGAAACCAAAAACACAUUUUUGGAGAAACUCAGCAGGUAUCGCAGUAUCUGUGAAGGGAAAGCAGAUAUAAUGUUUCAAGUCCCAUGUGACUUUUCUUCAACUCUGGUUUUGAUGAAAGGUCAGUGGAUCCAAUGUUUCUCUGCUUUCCCUCCACAGAUGCUGCCAGUCCUGCUGAGUUUCUCCAGUGCCUUUUUUUAAGUAUUUUUGGCUUUUUGUAGACUCAUUUAAAAAUCCUGAGUUUAUAAAUUGUACCCCGCUGCAGCACUGUGCUGUUUAUUUUCAUUUUCAGUGAAUGUGAAUCAGCUAUGCAAAAAGAAAACUGCACAUGAUUACCUGUGUCUGAGAGGAUAGUUCAUUUGAAUGGCUGAAUCCAUUCCCAUUUUUAAAUGCCAGUUUUGGGAGUGUUAAGUCCAGGCUACUAUCUAUAACAUUGAUCCUAACACUCCACUCAAAGCACCAACUGUUAUGCCAGAAAGCAAACAAAAUAUUGCAGAUGCUAGAAAUCUGAAAUACAAACAGAAGCUCUUAGCUUGUCUAGGGAGAGAGAAACUGAAUUGAUAUUAAUCCCAGUUACACCUGCAAUUGUUCAUUCUGUAUUACCCAGAUUUUGAAGCUGGAACCUCAGAUUUGUGUGUUUACUUGCUUAACCGUCAUGAGAGCUAGUUCACUUUAAAGUAGCUGGAUUGAGGGCACUACCCUCACUGUCAUCUGAAUUAGUGAGACUUUAAAUCUAACUUUCAACCAAAAAAUCAAAACCGCAAACAUAUUUUCUUGCCUUUCAACUCAAAAAUGGCAGCUUCUACCAAGCAUUGCAAUGUACAAUUUCAUUCCUGGUCAUGCACUGUGGCAUAUGCCGAACCUUGAGUAUUUUCUGUUGAAACUCGAUGGAACAUUUUUCUUCCAUUUUUAAUUGCUGCCACUUGUCCUGAGUUUUUAUUUAUAUCUCAACUGGUUAUUUGUUGAAAAUCAUUGAUGUUGAUGGAUUUUUUUUUUUCCUGAUGUGUAUUGAAGUGGAUUAUGGGAUAACAGUGGAGCUGUAUCAAACACUGAUUUCCUUCAUGACUGUUCUGUACAGCAGAAAGGGAAAAAAAUAAAAUGGCAGGCAAAGACUGA